UUUUUUGUAUACAUUAUAUACAAUACAAAAAAGUAAAGUAUGGAUAUUGAUCCAAUUCAUCUCAUUAAUAUUUGUAAUCCAAUCCUUCAGUCGAUUUCGCUUCAUUUAGUUCAGUUUUAAUUUCGGUUUAUGAAAUUUCAAUAAAAUUCAAAUUAAUAAGGAGUCCUUAUGUCACGUUACCGAGGGCCUCGUUUCAAAAAAAUACGCCGUCUGGGGGCUUUACCGGGACUAACUAGUAAAAGGCCUAGAGCCGGAAGCGAUCUUAGAAACCAAUCGCGCCCCGGUAAAAAAUCUCAAUACCGUAUUCGUUUAGAAGAAAAACAAAAAUUGCGUUUUCAUUAUGGCCUUACAGAACGACAAUUACUUAAAUACGUUCGUAUUGCCAGAAAAGCCAAAGGGUCAACAGGUCAGGUUUUACUACAAUUACUUGAAAUGCGGUUGGAUAACAUCCUUUUUCGAUUGGGUAUGGCUUCGACUAUUCCUCAAGCCCGUCAAUUAGUUAACCAUAGACAUAUUUUAGUUAAUGGGCGUACAGUAGAUAUACCAAGUUAUCGCUGCAAACCCCGAGAUAUUAUUUCAGCGAGGGAUGAACAAAAAUCUAGAACUCUGAUUCAAAAUUAUCUUGAUUCAUCCACCAAUGAGGAAUUACCAAAACAUUUGACCUUUCACACAUUACAAUAUAAAGGAUUAGUCAAUCAAAUAAUAGAUAGGAAAUGGGUUGGUUUGAAAAUAAAUGAAUUGCUUGUCGUAGAAUAUUAUUCUCGUCAGACUUAAACCUAACUAAAAUAACAAAACAAGGGUUCUGCCCCCUUUUCACCUGAGUUAAGGUUAAGUAAAGGAAGACAGGGGAAUGGGUUUGAUUCGGAGAUUUUUCUCCUAUUCAUGUAUGAUAGAUACGUAAGGAGAUUUUCAUCCCCUGUAUGCUAUUUUACGUAUUCCAUAUUAAAAAGGAAUUGGGAAUAGAGAAUCUAUACUAAAGAAGGGUCUAAUUCUUUAGUAUAUGUUCUUAUUUGAUUUGAUACAUUGUAGUCAGUUACAUCGGCGAAUUAGGUGAAGGUGCGGAAAGAGAGGGAUUCGAACCCUCGGUAAACAAGAGUCUACAUAGCAGUUCCAAUGCUACGCCUUGAACCACUCGGCCAUCUCUCCUACAUAAUUAUUAUGGCCGAUACCCCGAGCGAAUAGCGAGUUAUUCAUAUUAGAUUGUUCGAUAGGUACGAACAAUAUCAAUUCUAACUAGGAAACUUGCUAUAAAAAUAGAAAACUUUUCAUCACUUUUUUUAUCACUUUUUCUUUAGCCUCCGGCUCGAAAAUGAAAAAAAUGGAAUGGGUCUACUUUUAUGUUAUUUCGUACUGUACACUUCCUUUGUUUGUGAGAUCAUUUUAUUUUCUCACGAGGGGUAAUGAAAAGAGUUAUAGAAUGGAUUGCUACCUAUGCCUAGAUCGCAGAUAAAUGGAAAUUUUAUUGAUAAGACCUUUUCAAUUGUAGCCAAUAUCUUAUUACGAAUAAUUCCGACAACUUCAGGAGAAAAAGAGGCAUUUACUUAUUACAGAGAUGGUGCGAUUUGAUUAUUAUUAUAUAUAUAUUUUCCUUUAUUUAUUAUUUACUUUUUUAUUUACUUUACCACUCUCAGUCUUAGGAAAAGACACAUUAUUCAGAAUAGAAAAAAGGCUAUUGAAAACAAAAAAGAAAUCUACGCUUGUUGAAGGUGAAGUUUAUAAAUAAAGCAAUUCCUUCUGUCGUGUAUCCCCGAUUAAUGCAACCUCAGAUGCUUCAAUUGUUGAUUCGAGUAUUGAGCGAAAGGUUACACCUAUGGGUCUGUAUUGUGGGUCAACCCUACUACACGAGUACCAAUAGGCGGCAUAGAGGAAGAAGCACUACGCCUAGGAAUCAACAACACGAAAACUUUGUUAUUAAUGAUUCCCUUUCUUUAUCGGGAUCGGAACUAAGAGAAAUGGUUGGGACAACAAACAUCCAUCUUGUUCGUACUUUGGAUACCCAUAUAACCAUCGAAGAUUGUUGAAGUGACUAAUUCCUGGAAAUUAAGGAGCGUUGAGAACAAAGAAAUUGUUGGAGUUUACUUUUUUAUCUAGUACGAACACGCUUGAUGGUAAGAAAAGAUCUUUUGCAAGAGGGUUGGCUAGAGAUUUCUUGUAAAAACAUUAGCCCCGCUCAGUUCAUAA